AUGUCGACUUUUGGUCACUACUUUCGUGUUACGACCUAUGGAGAAUCCCAUUGCCGUAGUGUUGGCUGCAUAGUCGAUGGCGUGCCACCUGGCAUGCAGCUGACGGAGGAAGACAUACAGCCCCAGAUGACUAGACGGCGACCAGGUCAGUCAGCUCUCACCACGCCUCGAAAUGAAAAAGACAAGGUCGAAAUUCAGUCAGGUACAGAAUUCGGCAUCACACUUGGCACGCCUAUUGCUAUGAUAGUACGGAACGAGGAUCAGAGGCCGCACGAUUAUGGUGGUGGAGGAAAGAGUGAUAUGGAUAGCUUUCCACGGCCAAGCCAUGCUGACUUUACAUAUUUGGAGAAAUAUGGCGUCAAAGCUAGUUCAGGAGGUGGUAGAAGUAGUGCCCGUGAAACAAUUGGCAGAGUAGCAGCAGCGGGCAUAGCUGAAAAGUAUCUCUCAUUAGCUCAUGGCAUUGAGAUAGUCGCAUGGGUCAGCAGUGUUGGUUCGGAGCAUCAGUUCCCUACGACGGCAGAACACCCGGCAUACUCAACUCAUCCGGAUUUCCUGAAACUCAUCAAUACUAUCACGAGAAAACAGGUCGAUACUUUCGCGCCAGUACGAUGUCCAGAUUCUGAUGGGGCUUCGAGAAUGACCAAAGCCAUUGAAAAAUUUAGAGAUGCGCAUGACUCUAUAGGCGGGACCGUGACUUGCGUAAUCCGCAACUGUCCCAUUGGCCUUGGUGAGCCUUGUUUCGACAAGCUGGAAGCAGAUCUUGCACAUGCCAUGUUAUCUCUACCGGCGACAAAAGGAUUCGAGAUAGGUAGUGGUUUUGGUGGUUGCGAGGUACCUGGCAGCACCCACAACGAUCCUUUUGUCAGAAAUGAGCAAGGAAAAUUGGUCACAAAGACGAACAACAGCGGUGGUAUACAGGGUGGCAUCUCGAACGGAGCACAUAUAUACUUCAGAACAGCUUUCAAGCCGCCAGCGACAAUCGGGCAACAACAACAAACAGCAACAUAUGACGGGGACAAUGGAGUGCUCGAGGCGAAAGGAAGACAUGACCCGUGUGUGGUACCCAGAGCAGUGCCCAUCGUGGAGGCUAUGGCCGCGUUGGUAGUCAUGGAUGCACUCAUGGCGCAAGUCGCGAGAGAAGGUGUAAGAGCCAAGUUGCCCAUGUUGAAGGGUGUAAGCUUGCCAGUAAAAGAUACAGGGACAAAUGCGAGCGGGCAAAACGUAGAGGAAGUCCUUAACGGUGUCAAAGGGUAG